GCCGCACGUGUGCGAGCCCGGUCGUUUGUGAGUCCGCGCGAGCGCAUCGGGUCCGUGGCUCGGAACGCGCUGCUUUUGCCCGGCCGCCCUAGCCGCUGGCUCCUCCGAGUGGCCCUCGCCGCCUUCCUGCGCCCCAAGCGGAGCGCAGGCUACCUCGCCGCCCGCCCCACGCCGCGCCCGCGCUCCCAGGCUCCGGCAGGUUUUCUUAAAUGUUUUUUUGGAGCCUUAAAGAUGGAGAUGACAGAAAUGACUGGUGUGUCGCUGAAACGCGGGGCCCUUGUUGUCGAAGAUAAUGACAGUGGGGUCCCAGCUGAGGAGACAAAAAAACAGAAGCUCUCGGAAUGCAAUCUAACCAAAGGCCAAGAUGGGCUACAGAAUGACUUUCUGUCCAUCAGUGAAGACGUGCCUGGGCCUCCUGACACUGUCAGUGCCGGGAAAGGUGGAGAGAAUUCUGAGGCUCAGUUGGAAGAUGAGGAAGAGGAGGAGGAAGAUGGACUUUCAGAGGUGUGUGAGGAGGAAUCAGAGAGUUUUGCAGACAUGAUGAAGCAUGGACUCACUGAGGCUGACGUAGGCAUCACCAAGUUUGUGAGUUCUCAUCAAGGGUUCUCAGGAAUCUUAAAAGAAAGGUACUCCGACUUCGUUGUUCAUGAAAUAGGAAAAGAUGGACGGAUCAGCCAUUUGAAUGACUUGUCCAUUCCAGUGGAUGAGGAGGACCCUUCGGAAGAUGUAUUUACAGUUUUGACAGCUGAAGAAAAGCAGCGAUUGGAAGAGCUCCAGCUCUUCAAAAAUAAGGAAACCAGUGUUGCCAUUGAGGUUAUCGAGGACACCAAAGAGAAAAGAACCGUCAUCCAUCAGGCUAUCAAAUCUCUGUUUCCAGGAUUAGAGACAAAAACAGAGGAUAGGGAGGGGAAGAAGUACAUUGUAGCCUACCACGCAGCUGGGAAAAAGGCUUUGGCAAAGGUCAGAACUGCAGCAGAUCCAAGAAAACAUUCUUGGCCAAAAUCUAGGGGAAGUUACUGCCACUUUGUACUAUACAAGGAAAACAAAGACACCAUGGAUGCUAUUAAUGUACUCUCCAGAUACUUAAGAGUCAAGCCAAACAUAUUCUCCUACAUGGGAACCAAAGAUAAAAGGGCUAUAACAGUACAAGAGAUUGCUGUUCUCAAAAUAACUGCACAAAGACUUGCCCACCUGAAUAAGUGCUUGAUGAACUUUAAGCUAGGGAAUUUCAGCUAUCAGAAAAAGCCUCUGAAAUUGGGAGAGCUUCAAGGAAACCACUUCACUGUUGUUCUCAGAAAUAUAACAGGAACUGAUGACCAAGUACAGCAAGCUAUGAACUCUCUCAAGGAGAUUGGAUUUAUUAACUACUAUGGAAUGCAGAGAUUUGGAACCACAGCUGUCCCUACGUAUCAGGUUGGAAGAGCUAUACUGCAGAAUUCCUGGACAGAAGUCAUGGAUUUAAUAUUGAAACCCCGCUCUGGAGCUGAAAAGGGCUACUUGGUUAAAUGCAGAGAAGAAUGGGCGAAGACCAAAGACCCAACUGCUGCCCUCAGAAAACUACCUGUCAAAAGGUGUGUGGAAGGGCAGCUGCUUCGAGGACUUUCAAAAUAUGGAAUGAAGAAUAUAGUCUCUGCAUUUGGCAUAAUACCCAGAAAUAAUCGCUUGAUGUAUAUUCAUAGCUACCAAAGCUACGUGUGGAAUAACAUGGUAAGCAAGAGGAUAGAGGACUAUGGGCUGAAACCUGUUCCAGGGGACCUUGUUCUCAAAGGAGCCACACCCACCUAUAUUGAGGAAGAUGAUGUUAAUAAUUACUCUAUCCAUGAUGUGGUGAUGCCCUUGCCUGGUUUCGAUGUUAUCUACCCAAAGCAUAAAAGCUAUAUGCACGCGGAGAUGGUAGUGCUGCCAGAAGCUGGUCCGCACUGUCGUACGCCCAGCUGGGCAACAUUUGCGCUGCCAGACACGGAGCAGUCGUGGCUAGCGAUUGUGGUCGUAAAGUUGAAUGGUUGUAAGUUGCAUAGGUCGGAAGUUGUUGCAUAUGAUGACCCCAAAAUUCCACUUUUCAACACAGAUGUGGACAACCUAGAAGGGAAGCCACCACCAGUUUUUGCUUCUGAAGGCAAAUACAGGGCUUUGAAAAUGGAUUUUUCUCUACCCCCUUCUACAUAUGCCACCAUGGCCAUUCGAGAAGUGCUAAAAAUGGAUACCAGUAUCAAGAACCAGACGCAGCUGAAUACCACCUGGCUUCGCUGAGCAGUACCUUGUCCACAGAUCAGCAAAUGCACACAAGUGUUUGCUUCCUGGCUCCCUGUGCAUUUCUGUCUUAGUUCAGACUCAUAUGGAUUUCAAAUCUUUGUAAUAAAAAAUUAUUUGUAUUUUUUAAACUUUUUAUUAGCUUAAAUAAAUAAUUUGCAAUAUUUGUACAUGUACACAAAUCCUGAGGUUCUUAAUUUUAGCUCAGAAUAUAAAUUGGUCAAAAUGUACUUCAGGUGCUUAAAUCAGAGUGAAAUGUCAGCUUUACAAUAAUAAAAAAAAGGACUUUGGUUUAAAGUAUCAGGUUUAGGUUUUGCUGCAUUCUCAAAAGACAGCAGGAGUUUUUGACACAUCUGUGACGGAGUAUACAACCAUACGUUUUAAGAGCACGUGCAGCAAAACAAAUCUGGACUGUGGGUAAAUAAUUUGAUAGCUGCCACCCACGAAUAUUAAUACAGUACUCAUGCUGAUUUAAAUGAUAAUAAAACAUCUACAAAUUAUUGUAAACAGUGAUCGUCAUUAUCCUGCUUAUGUACUAGAUUCAGGCAAGCAUUUAUAGACUUUUUAGUUGCAGUGGCUUUUGCAUUUAUAUUAAUGCCUUGCAGGAAAGUUGCAUUGAUAGAACCUUUUUCUUUUAUCUUUUUUUCCCCAAGACAGGGUCUCACUCCAUAGGGUAGGCUGGAUUGCAGUGCAAUCCUGCAAUCCUCAGUUCCGGCUCACUGCAACCUAGACCUCCCAGGCUCAAGUGACUCUCCCACCUCAGCCUCCUGAGUAGCUGGGAGUACAGGUGCACACCACCACGCCUAGCUGAUUUUUGUCUUUUUUGUAGAGACGAUUUUGCCAUGUUGCCAAGGCUAACCCCUGGGAUUACCAGUGUGAGUCACUGUGCUGGCUGGGUUUUUUUUCUUGAUGUAAUCGUAUAUAGCUGUUUUUAUUAGUUAAGGUCUAAUUUUUACUCUAGGUGCCUUUUAUGUUCAGAACUCUUUCCACUGGACUGGUAUUUGCUAUAAAAUAAAUAAUGGUAGAGAAGAAAGCUAUAAAAAUGUACAAGAGCAUCUAUCAGUAGCAUUUGUUUACCUUUUGUCACCAGUGGCUUUGGUAUUUCCAUGUCUGACACUGCAUAAACUUUUCUCUGGUAUGAAAGCAUAGAUACGCCUUUCUAAAGUUGUGUAUCAUAAUUGUAUCAAUUUUUAUUUUCUAUGAUUUCUAGAAACAAAUGUAAUAAAUAUUUUUAAAAUCUCCUUUCUACUGGUUAUGUAAAUAAGUCAAAUGAAUAUAUCAAA